UGAUGGAGGUGGAGUGUGUUCGAGAGGGUGUCCAGUCAGAGACACUGCGGCAGAUGCUGGACUCAGGACAGGAGCAGCGGUGUUUGACGGUGGUCUUCAAGGGUCCCCGCAAAAGUCUGGAUCUUCUCUGCCAGAGCGUGGAGGAGGCCCAGCACUGGGCCCGCGGCAUGAGGACCUUACAGGAGAGGGUGGAGAACAUGACCCAGAAGGAGAAGCUCAACCACUGGAUUCAUGCUUACCUGAGUCGGGCCGAUCACAACCACGAUGAUAAGAUGAGCUAUGAGGAAGUCCAGACACUGCUACAGAUGAUCAACAUCGACCUGAGCGACCAGUAUGCCCGCAAUCUCUUCCAG